AUGGGGUCAUGGCGGAUUUGGGAUGAUUUUGACUGGAAACAUAUGCGUAGAUCCGUUCAACUUGGAAUCAGCGGGAAAUGUAGUGUUCAGCAAGGAGAACGACUCGCCGCAGUUAAGACAAAUGGCCUCAAAGUUAGCGACAGCAAUGCAGCAGGAUGGAGCCUCCGUCCAGUUUUCAAGGAAACAGUUGUCUACUUGACAGGUGGCUUCAGGACGGCACCAGCGAUGGUCAGUGCUGUCCUUGAUGGAACAACCGAUGGUAUAGGACUAGGAAGACCAAUUACUGCAGAGCCUGAUUUACCGGCUAAAAUUCUUCGCGGUGAAUGUUUAUCAGCUCCUGAUGCAAAAGUCAACCAAGACGACUACAUGAUCACUUCAACAGCUAGUAACAUGCAAAUGGGACAAAUGAGUAAACAACCUUCCAAGGAUUUGAAAACUAUAUGUGAUGGAAUUGCUGAUCUCAGUCAUCCGGAGGAAGCGGAAAACUUCAAGAAAGCAUCAGCCGUAUACUUCGAUCAUAUGAAAGAGAUCGCCGAACGAAAUGAAGCUAUACACGGCGUUAUGGAGUACAACAAUAUCGUUUCAUAG